CUUCCUUCCUUAUCGUACCCACAUCUCUCUUAUAUCUAUUCUUUUUCUCUCUCACCAUUUCUAUCCAGUGAACACACACGCACACAUACAGAGCUUCAUUUCACUUCAUACCUUCUUUACUGGUUAUGCCUUCUUCAUUAUCCAAUCUCUAGACACCCUUCUUCAGCUUCUACUUCCUAUUCUUAUAUGUGGCUUUUUCACAUAUAGUUAGUUUAGUUGGUGCAAGUAUACUCUUUUCUUGUUGGCCUUAGCUCCUGUCUGUUGACAGCUUUAUUUAUUGAACUAAAGACCCCUCCUUUUCUCUCUCUCUAUCUUCUUCAAUUCUUAAAAAGUUCCAGAAUUCUUUUGAUUUCUGCUAUUUGGUACAUACCCUUUAGCUUAUUUAAUUGAGUGAAGCUAGAAAAUGGCACCAAGGAACAGUCGUGGCAAGGCAAAAGGAGAGAAGAAGAAGAAAGAUGAGAAGGUUCUUCCAGUGGUUACUGAUAUCACAGUCAACCUCCCUGACGAGACUCGCAUUGUUUUGAAGGGGAUAUCGACAGACAGGAUUAUAGAUGUUCGUCGGCUUUUAUCGGUGAACACAGACUCUUGCUACAUCACAAAUUUUUCGUUAUCCCAUGAGGUGAGAGGCCCACGGUUAAAGGACACAGUCGACGUUUCAGCGCUCAAGCCUUGUGUGCUCACGUUGACGGAAGAGGACUACGAUGAGGAGCUCGCAGUGGCGCACGUUAGACGGCUCCUGGACAUUGUGGCUUGCACCACAUGGUUUGGUCCGUCGGGGAGUGCGCAGGAUAAGUGCAAACCUGAUUCUGGAAAGAAAGUGCAAGAUGCGCAGGAUAAGACCGCAAAGAAAACCAGAGUCAAAUCUCAAUCCACUAUGACAGCCGAUAAACAAUCUCCAUUAUCAAAAGAAGUGGCUGUGGACGCAGAAGGAGAGAUGAGUCACUCACGCCCCAAGCUUGGCAGCUUUUACGAGUUUUUCUCACUCUCUCACCUCACUCCUCCGUUUCAAUUUAUAAGAAAGGCAACGAAACGGCAGAUUGACGAGAUUGCGGAGGACGAUCAUCUCUUCUCUCUGGAUGUGAAGCUGUGCAACGGGAAGCUGGUUCACGUUGAAGCUUGCAGAAAGGGAUUCUAUAAUGUUGGAAAGCAGCGGAUUCUUUGUCAUGAUCUUGUCGAUUUGCUUCGGCAGCUUAGUAGAGCCUUUGAAAAUGCUUAUGAUGAUCUCAUGAAAGCAUUCUCAGAGCGUAACAAGUUUGGGAAUCUUCCUUAUGGAUUUAGAGCCAACACGUGGCUUAUCCCUCCAUUUGCAGCUCAGUCACCUUUAGCUUUCCCUCAUCUUCCUGUUGAGGAUGAAACAUGGGGAGGAAAUGGAGGUGGUCUUGGAAGAGAUGGGAAAAGCGAUUUGAUACCUUGGGCUAGUGAGUUUUUGUAUCUUGCAUCUAUGCCCUGCAAAACAGCAGAGGAGAGGCAGGUCCGAGACAGGAAAGCUUUCCUUCUUCACAGCUUAUUUGUUGACAUUGCCAUUUUCAGAGCCAUUAAGGCUGUGCAACAAGUAAGAGUGAAUCCAAAUGUGUUAUCUUUGGUCGGGAGUAGUAAAAUUCUUCAUACAGAGAGAUUAGGGGACUUGAGCAUUACAGUCAUGAAAGAUGCUUCCAAUGCAAGCUGUAAAGUCAACAGCAAAAUUGAUGGACUUCAAGCAACUGGCCUGGAUAAAAGAAAUUUAUUAGAGCGGAACCUACUGAAAGGAAUUACUGCUGAUGAGAAUACUGCCGCACAUGACAUUGCAACGCUUGGUAUUGUUAAUGUAAGAUACUGUGGUUAUUUUGCUGUUGUGAAAGUUGAUGGGGCAGAGGAAAAGAAUGUCAGACCUCCAUCUCAAAGUAUUGAACUCGAACAGCCUGAAGGCGGUGCCAAUGCCCUUAACAUUAACAGCUUGAGACUACUUCUUCAUAAAACAAUACCAUCAGAAAGUAGUAAACCAAUGCCUCACUUGCAAACUUUGGAGAGUGAAGAUCUCAGUGCUUCCCAAGCUUUUGUAGAGAGAAUCCUGGAAGAAAGUAUUGCUAAGCUUGAGCAUGAGGAAUUGGAGCAGGAUCAUUUUGUGAGAUGGGAACUUGGAGCCUGCUGGAUUCAACAUUUGCAGGACCAGAAGAAUACUGAAAAAGAUAAGAAAUCUCCAACUGAGAAGAACAAGAGACCCUCCUCGGAGAAAGAAAUGAAGGUUGAGGGACUUGGCACACCUCUGAGGUCCCUUAAGAACAGCAAGAAAAAAUUAGAGGAGACCAACAUGAAAAUACAGUCUGAACGCUCAAGGUCCUCUAUUGAUGGUAUGGUUGGUGAGAUUGAAAAUGCCAAUUCAGCUUCUAUGGAAUCUCAGCUUGAAACCACUGCCAAAGAAAACGAGCUUACACUCCAGAUGUUGUUAUCUGAUUCAGCCUUCACCCGAUUAAGAGAAUCGGAUACUGGACUUCAUUGCAAGUCUUUACAAGAGCUACUUGACAUGUCCCAGAAAUAUUACAUUGACGUUGCUCUUCCAAAACUGGUAGCAGAUUUUGGCUCGCUGGAAUUGUCACCAGUGGAUGGUCGAACUUUAACUGAUUUUAUGCAUACUAGAGGUCUUCGGAUGCGUUCUCUGGGACAUGUUGUAAAGCUUUCUGAAAAGCUCUCACAUGUACAGUCACUCUGCAUUCAUGAAAUGAUUGUUCGAGCCUAUAAGCAUAUUCUUCAGGCUGUGAUUGCAGCUGUUGUGAACCAUGAGAAAAUGGCUAUAUCAAUAGCUGCUGCAUUAAAUCUGAUGCUUGGGGUUCCUGAAAGAGGAGAUUCAGAUAAGUCCUACCAUGUUAAUUCCCUUGUGUGGAAAUGGCUGGAGGUGUUCCUGAAGAAGCGAUAUGAAUGGGAUCUUAGCAGAUCAAACUUCAAAGAUGUUAGGAAAUUUGCAAUUCUUCGUGGAUUGUGCCACAAGGUGGGUAUUGAAUUAGUUCCGAGGGAUUUUGAUAUGGACUCGCCACAUCCAUUUCGAAAAUCAGAUAUUGUCAGCCUAGUUCCAGUGCAUAAGCAAGCAGCAUGCUCCUCUGCAGAUGGAAGGCAACUUCUGGAAUCAUCAAAAACAGCCUUAGACAAGGGGAAACUGGAAGAUGCUGUUACUUAUGGGACAAAGGCUCUUGCGAAGCUGGUGGCAGUUUGUGGUCCUUACCAUCGAAUGACUGCAGGAGCUUACAGCCUUCUUGCUGUUGUAUUGUAUCAUACUGGAGACUUUAAUCAGGCCACUAUAUAUCAGCAAAAAGCCUUGGAUAUCAAUGAGAGGGAACUAGGACUUGAUCAUCCUGAUACAAUGAAAAGUUAUGGGGAUCUUGCUGUUUUCUAUUACAGACUUCAACAUACGGAGUUGGCUCUCAAGUACGUAAAGCGUGCUUUAUAUCUUCUACAUCUCACAUGUGGACCAUCGCACCCGAACACUGCUGCAACCUACAUCAACGUGGCUAUGAUGGAGGAAGGCCUAGGAAAUGUGCAUAUUGCCCUCAGAUAUCUUCAUAAAGCUCUGAAGUGCAACCAAAGGUUACUUGGCCCAGAUCAUAUUCAGACAGCAGCAAGUUACCAUGCUAUAGCAAUUGCUCUCUCACUGAUGGAAGCAUACCCAUUGAGUGUUCAGCAUGAACAAACAACCUUGCAGAUUCUCCGAGCAAAGCUGGGUCCAGAUGAUUUGCGUACUCAGGAUGCUGCUGCUUGGCUUGAGUACUUUGAGUCCAAGGCCUUUGAACAGCAAGAGGCUGCACGGAAUGGUACUAGGAAGCCUGAUGCAUCCAUCGCUAGCAAAGGCCAUCUAAGUGUUUCAGAUCUACUCGACUAUAUAAAUCCAAGCCGAGACACCAAGGGGAGAGAUUUUGUAUCAGUAAGGAGGAAAAGCUAUAUUGCUAAGAUGAAGGAGAAAACCAACCCAGUUUCAGAUUUACCAAGUUCUAACGAAUCUCCUCAAGAGAUACCCCAAGAGGCUAUAGAUGAGGAGACACAUAUGCCUAUUGCUAGCCAGGAGACCAGCUCUACCCAAGUUCAGUUCCAGCAGCCCAUUGUGGAAGAAACUGCAGACAAGAAAUCUGGCAUUGUCAGUGAAGUAUUACCUGAAAUACUUGCUGAAGGAGAUGAUGGCUGGCAACCAGUUCAAAGGCCGAGAUCAGCUGGCUCCUAUGGGCGACGACUGAAGCAGCGGCGUGGAAUCAUCAGCAAGGUUUAUCAGAAAAAAAUUGUGGAUGCUAAUAUGGAUUAUCCUCCUGUCAAGAACACUCACCAAAAUAAUAGAUAUUACCUUUUAAAGAAACGGCCAUUAUCUCAUGGAAGUUAUGUGGAUCACCAUGCCUCAAAUCCUUCCCAGGGUACGAAAUUUGGGCGGAGAAUAGUGAAAGCAGUGACAUACAGGGUCAAGUCUAUUCCUUCAGUAAACAAAACUGCUCCAACAGAAAAUUCAAAAAGUGGGGUUAAAACUUUUUCUUCACUGGAAUCUGCUCAACUUUCUGCCUCUAGUGAUGCUGGUCAAGUGAAGAGUUCAGUAGUUAGUCUUGGAAAGUCUCCCUCAUACAAGGAAGUAGCAUUGGCACCACCAGGUACUAUUGCUAAGUUUCAGGUCUGGUUGCCCCAAAAUGACAACUCUGAUAACAAGGAUAUUGGUGUUGGAGGGUCUAAAGAAGAGACAAUUGAGGCAAUAGAAAAUGCUGGUGAGGUGGUAACAGUUUUGGCUGAUAAGGACAAUAGUUCUGCAACAGAUUCCAAUGAUCACUUGAAAGAUGUAACAGAUGUUAUUGAAGAGAAAGAAGAUAGUCAGUCAAAUAAUGCAAAGGAAGAAAAUGCUUUGAUGGUGGCUCGAAAGACAAUAGAAUCUGAAUCUGGUAUUGUUGAAGUUCAUGGAGUCAUGCAGAAUAGCAUAUCAAUUGACAGGAUACCAAAUUCAAUUGAUUUUCCCUCAAAGGAGCCCCCGUUUGAGAAGGAUUCAGCAGGUGAAUUUGAACCCCAAUGUAAUUCCAACCCCACUUCGCCAGAAGUCGAGGAUUUGAGGGACAGAUCAUUGGCUACGAGUUCAGGUGAGACACGUGGGCUUCCUAAUAAGAAGUUGUCUGCUUCUGCAGCUCCAUUUAAUCCAUCACCAUCUAUUGCACGUGCUGCGCCGGUCUCCAUGAACAUAUCUCUUCCUCCUGGUCCUGGUUCAGUUCCAGCUGUCGCACCGUGGCCAGUAAACAUGACUCUUCAUCCAGGUCCUGCUACCGUCUUGCCUCCAGUUAGUCCAAUGCCCUCUCCUCACCAUCCAUACCCGUCACCUCCUGCAACCCCAAACAUGAUGCAACCAUUGCCCUUUAUCUAUCCUCCUUACAGUCAAAGCCAAGCAGUGCCGACCAGUACAUUUCCAGUAACCAGCAAUGCAUUUCAUCCUAAUCAUUUCUCUUGGCAGUGCAAUGUGAACCAUCGUGUAAAUGAGUUUAUUCCUAGCACAAUAUGGCCUGGCUGCCAUGGAAUGGAAUUUUCUGUCCUGCCUCCUGUUACUGAGCCAAUUCCUGAUUCUGCAUUAGAGCCUAAAGUGCAGUUUGAAAAUCCAGGAAGCGCAAGUCCACCUCCAGUCCUUCCAGCUGACAUUGUCAAUGUUGAAGAGGCUAAGAGAGAAGUGAACCUUCUAGCACCAGAGGCAACGGAUAAUGCAAAUGACCUCGCUGGAGUCAGGUUAGAGAAUGUAAAGGAAAAUGGUCAUUCAAACCUAGGUGAAGUUGAAAUUUCUGGCAAUGAUUCAAGUCAUUACAAAAGCUUCAAAAAAGACGGUAGUAACACUGAUGAAAGGAAGAUUGAUGGUGAAAAAACGUUCAGCAUUUUGAUAAGGGGAAGGAGAAACCGAAAGCAGACUCUGAGAAUGCCAAUAAGCUUGCUUAAUCGGCCAUAUGGAUCACAGUCUUUUAAGGUUAUAUAUAACAGAGUAGUAAGAGGUAGCGAGGCCCCAAAAUCUACCUGCUUUCCAUCAGCUAAGGACUGUACUGCUAGUGCCACCUGAUAUUAGGAUAGCCAAUUUGGAAGUUAUAAUAGAUGCGAGGUUUAUUUCAUCAUGCACGCAGGGGGUACAAGUUUUUCCAGCAUUUUUUGGCUUGAAGGUCGGAUCACCUUCUGGGGAAAAUGCAGUACUCAACAUGAUUUGCUUUCCUGUCUGUGGAAUGGACACUAGAGAUGGAGGAACAGGGUCUUUUUUUUGUUACUGAAGGUUUAAGACAGUAGGUUGUUUUUCUUCGGGACCUUUCACUAUGUUCGUUGAGGUGACAUUUUUGGCUGACAAUACAGUUAGAAAAUUUUUGAUAUCUACCUAAUAAGUUAGGGAGCCAACUUGGAAGUAGUACUUCCUAGGAUGCCCCGGCAUUUAAAGAGACAAGUCAGUUUUUGAGAUUCCACAUAGUAAAUGACUUCGAAAUUAAUUUGAUUGAAUUGUAAAUAACUUGAAUUGUUUCCUUCAGUUGAACAAUGGCACUUCAUUCAAGCUAA